AUGAAGCGCUAUACUCUUUUCCUGUUAAUCUUCGCUGUCUCCCUUUUGUAUUGUCCGGGAUUCGUUUCGUCUAAUCUUGAUUUAUCCUCCUCCUCCUCCAAACAUGUUUUUGUGCAUCACUUCAAUGCUCGAGACUCCUACAGCUUGAUUCAGAAAUACAGGAAAAGAUCUCAGUGCGACCAGGCAGUCUGCUUGAGAAGUCUCCGGGGUGGAAGCAAGCAACGGUCACCAACUAAUGCUACUAUCAUGAAGGUGUUGAAUUUCAGCGAAACAGAUAGCAAUAUUUUGUUCAAUCGAACCAAUUCUUCUGCACCCAAGUAUGCAUGGGAUGCUAAGAAGAAAGUCUGGAUAUUGCAUAAGCGUCCAACGGACAACUGGUCGGUGGAGAGCUUGAAGUCACGUUGGAAUUUUGCACCAGACGAAUGCCUGGUCUUCCGGCACAGGAAACCUGACAAGUGGCAGGAAAUUCCUGGCGCUCCUGGCUGGCUGGGCUGCCUGGAGUUCUGCAUGUUUGUGACGCCCAUCAUGAACUUUGUGCUCUUCAUGAUCCGCGGGUUCAACGUCUGCGCUGUCUGCGGGAAGAAACGUAGCCAACACCCGCUGAGGAGCUCGAGGGAUGCGGAUCGUGCUUUCUGGGAAGCGGUUGUAGACAGGGACAUCGAGCUGGCAGUGAGAAUUGUGCGAGGGGGGCUGGAAUGUCCUCCCGGAGGACACAACUUCUGUCUCGUGACCUUCCUCAUCGCCAACUACUGCAAAGACGCGUUCAAGAACGUCCCUGACCUGGACCAAGAAAUGGCCCACUACCACCUGAACCAUCCGCCAGAGUUUAAGAGAGGAUGGUUCGGUUACUACAACCCUUACCUUUGA